UUGGGAUCUAUGAGAGAAUGUGGAAUUAUAUGACCCAUGUAAACCCAUCACCGUGGUUCCUAAUGCCGAUGCUGGGUACAGGAGAGUUAAAGAAGAAUCGUAUGCUUUCUUUUGGGAUGCUCCAAUAUUGGAAUACAUUAAACAAACUGAGUGUGAUGUAAUGACAGUUGGGAAGCCAUUUAAUUUGAAGGGAUACGGCAUUGCUGCGCCAAUAGGAGCUGAAUAUAGAGAUCAAAUAUCCUUGAGUAUUCUCCGAAUGCAAGAAACAGGGAAAUUGGAAGAAUUGAAAAAGAAAUGGUUUGAAAGAGAAAGUAUUUGUCCUGAAGAUGACAAUACAGGCAGUAGGGAUACAAGCGAUAUAGGACUGGAGACUGUAGCUGGUGUUUUCUAUAUUCUAAUGAUGGGAGCAGCUUUAUCUUUCAUCACGGUUGUGGUGGAACACAUCUGGCACAGGCCAUCAGUGUAUAAGAAGAAAUGCAAGGCAAUCAAAACAAAG